AUGAAUAUUUUCAUAUUAAAGAAUUUUACAGAACAAACAAUUCAAUUUCUUCCUUUAAUUCAAUCACAAAUUAAAUUAAUUCGACUUCCUGUUAUUAGUCCAGAAUCUACAAUAUUAAAAAAUAAUUAUUUGAAAGAAAGAAUUGCUUCAUUGUCAUUAAAAAAUCCUAAAUUCUCUUUUGAUCUUUCAGAAUUUACUUCUUUAACAAGUCUAUCACUUAUUAUUAAAAAUCACUUAAGUGUUAAUGAUUUUAUUAGAAAUAGAUAUCAUCGUUUUGAAAAAGGUUAUGUUUUAAUGGAAGGAUUUGUUGAUACAAAUUUUAUUAAUCACAUUGAUCGAUUUAAUAUUAAGAAAGUAGUUGUUGAGUUUGAUAAACAAGAAAUAUUAGGAUCAGUCAUCAAAAAUAAAGAACUUCUCAAAAGAAUUACAUUUUGUUACAAAGAAUGUUAUAAAAAAGGAUUUAACAAUGAAAUAUUAAUUCAAUAUUAUCCUGAGCAUAUUAAAAUAAAUGGAUUUAGUAAAAAGAAGAUUAAAAUGGAUUUUAGUUCAUAUACAUUCAUAAAAUCAAUCAAAUCAAUAAAUUCUUCAAUUUAUUUUAAUCCAUCAAUAAGUCUAACACAUCUAGAAUCAAAAUAUUUCUAUAAAAUAUCUUCUCUUAAUGAAUUAUAUCUUCAAGGAAAAAAUAUUCAAGAUAUAUCUUUUCCUAAUAAUUUAACAACAUAA